AUGCCACUCAAUUCCCAGUCCAAACAAGAUUUGAGUAAGAAAGGCCAGAGUAAAGAGCACAGAGAAGUGUGCACUGAGGAUGAAGUGGCUACGCUACAAUUGACGGUAUCGGAUCUCGAUUCGGACGAACCCACUCAGCCGUUGUCGCCUCCAUCCCUUGAAGCGAGCGAGAAGACAGACCAUAGUAAGGAGUGCAGAGAAGUGUACACUCAGGAUGAAGUGGCUACGCUAAAAUUGACGGUAUCGGAUCUCGAUUCGGACGAACCCACUCAGCCGUUGUCGCCUACAUCCCUUGAAGCGAGCGAGAAGCAAUCUUCCGAUCUGGAUUUCAGCAAGCUACGUCUAGACUCGGUCAAGUCUCAAGAUCCGACUGCCAGAAUAUUAUUGUACCCCAGGAUCCCAGAAUUACAGGUCUCUUCAUAUGGUGGGACCGGAGGCUACGAUAAGUGGGUUGACGUUGAAAUGGGCGACAGCUCAGAGGAAACUGAAUCAGUCAAAGUCCUCGUCGUGGCCCCUAGCGCCAAGCAGCUCGGAUGCACCGUUACCUAUGAAGAUGUGAUAUUUCACUUGUACUUUGAUCCCGCACAGGAUCGUCUCAUUCUCCUGAAUGACUGUUCGCAUGCAAUCAUCGGCAGGCGGCUCGAUGAGGACUCGGUGGAAGUUCAGCCUAGCCAGAGCGCCGCUUUCUACACAGGCUGCUGGGCCAUUUACAUCGAAGAUAGGACUGUCAUUGAGUUUGAGCUCCUUCCACGGACAGAAUGGAUGAUCUUUGCACGACUGGCUACCAAGCGACCUGCACCGACCUCCUCGCCUCCACCCUCAAAGAGGGCAAAACUCCGAGAAUCCACAUACCGCAUUUCUGAACCCUCACGCAGUCUACAGGCUGUUUCAGCUGGGAACGUGCUUGUGAAUCUUGCGCAAGGCGACACUAUGUAUAUUGGGGCUGGUGGCAAAGGGUAUCGGCUUACGCGACACGAAGCUAUUGCGGAGCAACCGAAUUCGUCUGUAUGGCAGGCAGACCACUCGGAUAUACCAGGAAAGAGGAUUGUCGUUAAAGUCAUCAAAUCCAUUAGCACAAAUGAGAAUCACACAAUCCAGGCUCUUGAGUCUUGGGCACGUGAGUCGGAGAUUCACUCUUCUCUUGGGAGUCAUUCGGCGAUACUCAGCAUGCUCGGCUCUGACGCUCGAUUCCAAAGUAUAUAUACUGAGCAUAUUGACGCCCAAUCGCUAGUAUGUUUCCGACAGCCAGGGAACGAUAGUUUCACCGGGAGUACUUCAGAUGCGCAGAGGAUACUGGGUGACAUGGCCUCAGCACUCGACUUUCUACAUAGCAGCAAAAUUGUUCACAACGAUAUCAAACCAGCUAAUAUUCUGUAUAGCCCCGCUCGGGGUGGUGUUUUGAUCGACUUUGGUCGUAGCUUCACGGCUGGUCGCCCCACCGCGACUGGCGGCUCACCAUGGUAUCUGGCACCCGAAUUCAUGUUUAACUGGCGCACACGCGGCCCGCCUUCUGAUUUAUGGGCCUUGGGAGUCGUUAUGCUGUGGCUGUUAGGUCGCAUCCCUUUACCCGAAAAGACGACUAGCUGGUUGAUUGCAGACAUACAUACGUCCUCAAUCGGAUCAAGAUCUCAUACAAAUGCAAUGGAAAGAAUGAGCCGGUGGGUUAAUCAGGUUAAAACUGCUCGGUCAAAGCUAAAUGACGAAGAGGAAUCAAUCACCUGGGUCGUGAAAGGUUUGCUGGCCCCGAAAUUCAAAGAGCGGCUUAAUGCAGAAACACUGCAUAAACUAAUGACGAAGAAACAUUCAACCGAAUGUGCGAAAUGA